AUGUUUCGCAGCAGGAUCAACCACUUGUUACGAGCAUAUCCAUCUUUGAACCUGAGAAUAGAAGUGAACAAAGAUCAGCACCAGGCUCUGGCUCUGUUACCUGGUCUCCGAUAUGAUGACAUUAGCUACACAGGUCAGCCAGAUCUGCACAGGCUGAAGAACAUCAUUGGCCGUGUGGAGCAUGCAGCCCUGUAUGACAACAACCUGUCCUUCCUGGACUACAAGAACCUGUGCAAGAAAGGAAUCGGCAGCUACCACAAGGGACUGGUUAUGGAAAUACGCAGGCACUUUUAUGAGACAACAACUCCAAAGUCACCGAUUCAGGUGUCACUGCGACUAACUGGGAUGAUGGAUACUAUGUACACCAUACGCAGCAGUGCAACCUUUGGUGGCCGACAGAAAGCUUCUAUUGUCAUGAAAUCCUGCAACACCUUAGUCCAUCGAGAGUCUGGCCUGACUGAGCAAAUACCUGACUGGUGGAGAACCAAGUUCCUGCGACUCCUUCCAGAAGUGCCUGACAACUAUCGACCCAUCCAGCCUCCGGACGCCAUCGGAAAAACCUUCUCCCAUCAUGUUGUUGUCACUCUGAGGGACACAGAUACUAGUGGGAGGACUCGGCAUGCGUCUUACAUCCGGUACUUCCUAGACAAUAUCAGCAUUGCAGCAAACCGCAGCUUUUACUCAAACUUGACGAACAUGCUUCAAGAUUACUAUGUGAUGAGGAUUUCAGCCGUCCAUUUUGCUCCGAGUUUGUGGGGGGACUCCUUGGUGGUGGAGACGUUUCAGGAUCCAGUUGAUCAGUUGAAGCUGCAUUGUUUUGUUAGUAAGGAAGGGACUAUCAAGUGGUAUGGUUGUUUGGAGUACUAUGAAAUCAUGUAUGAACCAGAGUUGGAACCUCCCGCCUUUCUCCUGAGUUACCCAUCCACCAGUGAGAAGUAA